UUAUUGCAAUUUGCAUUUUCUCCUUGGUGAGCUACCUACUUAUUUUAUGCUGUGUAUGUUUUCCCACAGUAAAAGAGAAGGAAAUGAUUUACAGCUCUACAUAGUAUCCUGGAGAGACAGUCAUGAAAAUUGUUGAGAAAAAAAAAUCCAUGUUUCUCUGAAUAGUAAGAUGUGUACGUGUGUGUUCACAGAAAAAGGAACGGGAGGAUAUAAACCAAAUUGUCAAUAUUAAUGACCUCAGGGAGUAUGCAGUAUUUAUUGUUUGGCUAUAAGAAGGGGCAUGAAUUUAGAGGUCAGAGCAGGCUCAAGUCCCUAGCUCCACUACUGAUUUGAUGCGUGACAUGGACGAAUAACAUGCCAGUUUCUUCAUUUGUAAAACAGGAAGAGAAAUAGAGCUGUUGUGAGUAGUAGAUAUUACAACAGUGCCUGUCACAAUAAAGUGCAGUUAUUGUCAUCAUAUUAUUAUCUCCUUCAGUGUCUUCUUCACUGUACCAUAUCUAUUCUUCCAUUCAGGACUUCUUUACUGGGACUGUAAAAAGAUUUAAGUAUCAAAAGAGAAAAACAUAGAAAUAAAAACAAAAUACAAAAAGCCUAAUAAUGAGGGGGUUCACAUAGUACUUGUUUCUGAUCCCACUAGAACUAGCUUGCCUCUGAGGCCAUCCGAGAUAUCUAAGCUUUGGCCCUAAAGGACUGGCACAAAUUUGGAGACAUGUGGCCUACAUUUCUUUCUUCUUGGCCUGUCUUCACAUAGAAGGUGCUCUUAAAACACACAGCCUAGGAGCCUCCUUCUCAACAUCUCCACACCUUCACUUGCUCUUUGCUAUCCUUACGGUCACCUUCCUCUUUUCUCCUGCCACAUCAACAGCUUCUUGCACUGUAAAUGUUUUCUGGAACUCUCCCCAUGACCGACAGGCUGAUAAGGAGUUAUUUUAUUUGCUGUUUGAGUCAUAAAUACCAUUUUUAUCCAAUCCCAACUUUGCCUUUUUUGUAGGGUUACUGCUACAUUAAUGUUCUCUGGCUUGAGAAAUCUGAAGCCUUUAGGCAGUGAUUAGAUUUUUCCUACGUGCUUUACAACACUUCACAUUCUACAAAUUCACUAACGAUAAACAGGAAAUAAACCAACAAUUUCUCCUGGUUUAGUUCACCCUUAGGACACUCAUCUAUGAAAUCAGAAAUCUUAUUCCUGUCAGAACAGGAUGGCCAUGUGCUUCCUUGUUAACAAAGAAGUCUUAAUUUUAUUAAUUACAAUGCUUACGACUAAAACAAAGCAGGACCUCUUUCCAUCGAUUUCACAUGAUCGCCAGAGUCUCUCAUUUCUCUGCUUCCUUCUGCCAUCUUUUUUUUUGAGACGGAGUCUUGCUCUGUCGCCCAGGCUGGAGUGCAGUAGUGCGGUAUCGGCUCACUGCAAGCUCCACCUCCGGGGUUCACAUCAUUCUCUUGCCUCAGCUUCCCAAGUAGCUGGGACUACAGGCACCCGCCACCACGCCCGGCUAAUUUUUUGUAUUUUUAGUAGAGACGGGUUUUCACCGUGUUAGCCAGGAUGGUCUGGAUCUCCGGACCUCAUGAUCCACCCGCCCUCGGCCUCCCAAAGUGCUGGGAUUACAGGCGUGAGCCACCGCGCCCGGCCCCCUUCUGCCAUCUUUAUAUUCAUUCACUUUUCGUUUCCUUCCCUUCCUUUCUUGUCUCUCCCUCCUGAACAUUUCUAAGCACCUUGUGUGUGCCAGGCAUUCAGUAACAAAGCUUGAGCAAAACAGUCCACCUUCUCAUUAUCAUGGAGCUUACAGGCCUAACUGGGAAUUGGAGACAUCAUCAAAUAAUCACCAAAUCUAUAAUUUGAAACUGCACUUAGUGCCAUGAAAUAAAACACAGGCCCCUGUGACAAAUCUGUGUAGAUGAAGGCUUCAUCCAGGAAGUGGUAGCUGAGCUGGAGUGAGAAGGAUAAGGAGUUAGCCAGGCAUCUCCCCACAUUUAGAGCGCCGAGUGGGCAGAGACCAGGAUUGUCAUAGCAUUUGCUCCUGGGUCUGACUCACAGAUGUGCUCAUAAAUAUUUGUGGAAGGGAGGAAGGGACAAUACGAAUAAUAUAAAAUAAAUGAAAAUGUGUCCUGCUUUGUUUUGAUACUAUGCAAUUAAUAAAAUUAACUGCUACUAACUAAAAAACAAAUUCAAGUAGAACACAGAAAGGAGAGUGUGGCACAAGACAAGGUUGCAGAAGUAGCAGCCAAAUCACACUGGGGACUUGAGUAUGUAGAGAUUUUAGUCUGUAUCCCGACAGCAAUUGAAAGCACUGAAAAGUAAUUCAUAGGAAAUAUAGUUAAUUUUUUUACAGCUUGCAUUAAAACAAAUUAUGUACUAGAUACUGUGCUAAAGACUCUACUUGCACUAUUUUAAUCCUUGAAACAAUCCUAUGAUGUACUAUUAAUAUUCCAAUUUUACAGAACGAGGAUACUGAUGCACAGAGAGGUCGUGACUCCAAACCCCUACUCUUACUGUAUUACACCUACACACUAUUCACAAGUGAGAGAAGUAGGUAAGCAACUAUGUACAGCUGAUUCUCAUCUCCUUGGCAGGCCUAGCCCCACUGUGGAGUUGGUAGCACAGGGGUAUCAGGAUUUAAUGAGCCAAUCAUUGACUUCACGCUCCUUGUUCUGACUCCCUAAUAAAACAACCUUCUAAUUAUAUUCUGGCUUCUCAUAUAGAUUUUUCUGCUGGGAGAUAAUGCACUGACCAGCCUACACACGCAUUUUGUUCCAGUUGACAAUUUUAUUACUCAUUGUAAGUUAAUAAAUUGGCAUUCUGCUUAAAAAAAUAACAAAAAAAUUAAUAGUCUUAUACAGUUACUUUCCCAUGAAGGGUUAGCUUGAAAAGUAAAAAGUAACGAAUAAAAAUAUCAUGUCUCUUUUGUGGUCGAACCUUUUCUUGCUGCCUGCUUUGAACGACCGUGGAUGUGGUCACUGAGUCUGGGGAUGAGCCCUUUCUUUAUCUUCUUUGUCGCUGCCCCCAGCACAGCCCAAGUGCUUCCUUUGUUUCCCGCUGAGCCUUUAGCAAAUCCCACCUUUUCUCCUGCACCGGCGGAGAGGAUUGUUCUUGGGAACGCACCUUGUUCUACUGCCUCCAGCAGUAGGCAGUUGGAGACUGUUACUAGGGGUCUCCUUCACCUCCCCAGCGUAAAGUGCAUCCCAUGUCCGGAGCAGGCCGUUCCCUGAGAACCUCAUUAAACCCGGCGUUCUUGUCACGCGCUCCGCUCAGGGCCACCAGGCCACCAGCCCCUGACCAGACCUGCACUGAGGCCCAGCUCCAGAACAAGCUGCAGAGACCCCCGCCCCCAAGGCGGGCUCCCUCCAAACGGGACUUCUUACUCCUUGCUGGCUCAAGUUUUGUUUCGCUCUUUUUCCCUGUAAUUCCUUUAUUGGGCAAAACUAGGACAAACGCAAGUGGACAUUUUAAAGUGAAAGCUUCAUGAAACAGCCCAUUCCACGCCGUCGAGAGAUCUGCUUAAGCACAUUCAAGGGAACGAAUAGCCCCCACCCACCAAAAAAGAAAUGUUUGUUCCAUAUUCUCCUGAACAGAAGAUUGAAACAUCGAUUCCGCACCCCCCCCCCCCGCCCUUCAAAGGCACAGGAAGGCCACAGGGCAAGGACGGCCUUGGGAACGGCCUCCUUUCUCUCUAGAGGGAAAGGCUGGAGCGCUGCCUCCACUUUAAGUCCACGAAGCACGAAGGGUGAGGAUCGCUCAGAAACUUUAGCUCAGGGGAGCGGGGAAGAGGGUGAUUGUUUAAAUCGAUGGCAGCACCCUCAUUAAUCUGCUUUCCGGCCAUCUUCAGUAGAGCCAUUCACCAGGAAACGACUAGAAAGUGGGCCGGCGCCCCUCACAUUUCCCGGGGCCGGCAACGAGCCAGGCGGGGACGCCGAGGGAAGGCCGUGAAGAGCCCUCGCUGGCCGGCCAAGAUGGCCACCUUCACAUGGCCGACCGCCACCGGCUCCCUGCCACCCGGCAUCUAGAGGCGGAGCGGCCAGAAAGACCCCAGCCGCAGUACAAAACCUCCGCGAUUCCCGCCGCCUCCGCUGGGGGACGCGACCUCCGGGAAAGCUAUCCCGGCCAACGGUCGGAAGGGAGGUGCCAUGUCACAGCACAGGGGAGCGAGUCCAGCAAGCCCCAGUCGCUUUUUCUCCCACAUCAAACAAGGAAGAGCAAACCCCCCCGUCUCCUCGCGUCUGCAUUUUUCCCGUGGCUCUAGCGGCUCAAGAUAGCUGAACGGUCUCUGGAGGGCCGGAUUGCCACAGCACCUCCCGCGUCCGCGCAGUGUGGUUCAGCCCGGACUCCGCGGGUCGCGCUGCCCUUCCUCCCCCGACCCCCGCGCAAGUGGUGCAUUGGCGCGCGGCGCCGAGGGGCGGGGCCCGAGCCGGGCGCGCGCGGGCGCUGCUCUAUAAAUAUCGGGCCGCACCGCCCGCCGCUUCGUUCGCUCCGCGCCGCCCGCCUGCUCCGAGUAGAACGUUGCCGCAGCUUGUGCAUUUCGCAGCCGCUGCAGCCUCGCCGCUGUUCUUUCGUAACGCCACUUCCACUCACCGACACCAACAUGAACGGACAGCUCAACGGCUUCCACGAGGCGUUCAUCGAGGAGGGCACGUUCCUUUUCACCUCAGAGUCGGUCGGGGAAGGCCACCCAGAUAAGAUUUGUGACCAGAUCAGUGAUGCUGUCCUUGACGCCCACCUUCAGCAGGAUCCUGAUGCCAAAGUAGCUUGUGAAACUGUCGCUAAAACUGGAAUGAUCCUUCUUGCUGGGGAAAUUACAUCCAGAGCUGCUGUUGACUACCAGAAAGUGGUUCGUGAAGCUGUUAAACACAUUGGAUAUGAUGAUUCUUCCAAAGGAUUUGACUACAAGACUUGUAAUGUGCUGGUAGCCUUGGAGCAACAGUCACCAGAUAUUGCUCAAGGUGUUCAUCUUGACAGAAAUGAAGAAGACAUUGGUGCUGGAGACCAGGGCUUAAUGUUUGGCUAUGCCACUGAUGAAACUGAGGAGUGUAUGCCUUUAACCAUUGUCUUGGCACACAAGCUAAAUGCCAAACUGGCAGAACUACGCCGUAAUGGCACUUUGCCUUGGUUACGCCCUGAUUCUAAAACUCAAGUUACUGUGCAGUAUAUGCAGGAUCGAGGUGCUGUGCUUCCCAUCAGAGUCCACACAAUUGUUAUAUCUGUUCAGCAUGAUGAAGAGGUUUGUCUUGAUGAGAUGAGGGAUGCCCUAAAGGAGAAAGUCAUCAAAGCAGUUGUGCCUGCAAAAUACCUUGAUGAGGAUACAAUCUACCACCUACAGCCAAGUGGCAGAUUUGUUAUUGGUGGGCCUCAGGGUGAUGCUGGUUUGACUGGACGGAAAAUCAUUGUGGACACUUAUGGCGGUUGGGGUGCUCAUGGAGGAGGUGCCUUUUCAGGAAAGGAUUAUACCAAGGUCGACCGUUCAGCUGCUUAUGCUGCUCGUUGGGUGGCAAAAUCCCUUGUUAAAGGAGGUCUGUGCCGGAGGGUUCUUGUUCAGGUCUCUUAUGCUAUUGGAGUUUCUCAUCCAUUAUCUAUCUCCAUUUUCCAUUAUGGUACCUCUCAGAAGAGUGAGAGAGAGCUAUUAGAGAUUGUGAAGAAGAAUUUCGAUCUCCGCCCUGGGGUCAUUGUCAGGGAUCUGGAUCUGAAGAAGCCAAUUUAUCAGAGGACUGCAGCCUAUGGCCACUUUGGUAGGGACAGCUUCCCAUGGGAAGUGCCCAAAAAGCUUAAAUAUUGAAAGUGUUAGCCUUUUUUCCCCAGACUUGUUGGCGUAGGCUACAGAGAAGCCUUCAAGCUCUGAGGGAAAGGGCCCUCCUUCCUAAAUUUUCCUGUCCUCUUUCAGCUCCUGACCAGUUGCAGUCACUCUAGUCAAUGACAUGAAUUUUAGCUUUUGUGGGGGACUGUAAGUUGGGCUUGCUAUUCUGUCCCUAGGUGUUUUGUUCACCAUUAUAAUGAAUUUAGUGAGCAUAGGUGAUCCAUGUAACUGCCUAGAAACAACACUGUAGUAAAUAAUGCUUUGAAAUUGAACCUUUGUGCCCUAUCACCCAACGCUCCAAAAUCAUAAUUGCAUUGACUUUCCCACCAGAUGCUGAAAAUGUCCUUGUAAUGUGCACGUAAAGUACUUGUAGUUCCACUUAUAGCCUCUGUCUGGCAAUGCCACAGCCCUGUCAGCAUGAAUUUGUAAUGUCUUGAGCUCUAUUAUGAAUGUGAAGCCUUCCCCUUAUCCUCCCUGUAACUUGAUCCAUUUCUAAUUAUGUAGCUCUUUGUCAGGGAGUGUUCCCUAUCCAAUCAAUCUUGCAUGUAACGCAAGUUCCCAGUUGGAGCUCCAGCCUGACAUCAAAAAAGGCAGUUACCAUUAAACCAUCUCCCUGGUGCUUAUGCUCUUAAUUGCCACCUCUAACAGCACCAAAUCAAAAUCUCUCCACUUUCAGCUGUCUUUUGGAGGACGUACGUAAUAAGGUUUUAAUUUAGUAAACCAAUCCUAUGCAUGGUUUCAGCACUAGCCAAACCUCACCAACUCCUAGUUCUAGAAAAACAGGCACUUGGCAGCCUUGUGAUGUCAUACAGAGAAGUCACAGGGCAGUACCUGAGGGUCUGUAGGUUGCACACUUUGGUACCAGAUAACUUUUUUUUUUCUUUAUAAGAAAGCCUGAGUACUCCACACUGCACAAUAACUCCUCCCAGGGUUUUAACUUUGUUUUAUUUUCAAAACCAGGUCCAAUGAGCUUUCUGAACAGCUGGUGUAGCUACAGAGAAACCAGCUUCCUUCAGAGAGCAGUGCUUUUGGCGGGGAGGAGGAAAUCCCUUCAUACUUGAACGUUUUCUAAUUGCUUAUUUAUUGUAUUCUGGGGUAUGGCGUAAGUACAGAGAAGCCAUCACCUCAGAUGGCAGCUUUUAAAAGAUUUUUUUUUUUUUUCUCUCAACACCAUGAUUCCUUUAACAACAUGUUUCCAGCAUUCCCAGGUAGGCCAAGGUGUCCUACAGAAAAACCUUGGGUUAGACCUACAGGGGGUCUGGCUGGUGUUAACAGAAGGGAGGGCAGAGCUGGUGCAGCUGGCCAUGGAGAAAGCUGACUUGGCUGGUGUGGUACAGAGAAGCCAGCUUGUUUACAUGCUUAUUCCAUGACUGCUUGCCCUAAGCAGAAAGUGCCUUUCAGGAUCUAUUUUUGGAGGUUUAUUACGUAUGUCUGGUUCUCAAUUCCAACAGUUUAAUGAAGAUCUAAAUAAAAUGCUAGGUUCUACCUUAA